CUUUGACCCGCGCCAAAUUGUUUUCAAAUGACGGGAAAUCAAUGUUGUCAAUUCGAUUUGUAUAUUUGAUUUGUAUAUGUUGUCGAUUCGAUUUGUGUAUAUGAUAUAUUGUACAUAAUCGGAGAAAUGUUACAUGAACUUUUAUUCGCCUUAUCCGGUUACCCGGGAAACAUAUUUGUCGAUAAUGGUGAUAAAAUACAGGUUCAAAAAGGACUUCCCUUUUUACAUUCUGCUGAGGAAAAAGCUCUGAAUCGUCUUUGUCAGUUGGCCACCCAUUUUAAGAUGUUUAAAGGAUUCAUAAACAAAUACUCUUUCUGCAGUUUUCAUCCAGAUAGUGCUGGUUCCACAACUGGUGAAAUGCAUGGUGUCUACCUGAUGUCUUUAUGUAGUGGAUUAAAUACUUUGCUAGAAGACUACCAGAAUGACAUUUUGGAACUUGAGAAAUCUGCCUUAGCUGAUCCACACCUUCCUGUCAGUGAAGUCCUUCUCAAACUUCAACAGUAUGAACUGCUGUUUCCUGCGUUGUCCUCUUUCUUGACAGAACUUAAACAACAUGAGGCUCAUGGUUGUUAUAUCUUGGACAGAAUUCAUAAAGCUUCUAUUUCUGGCGUACCAGUUGUGAAGCAGACUUUUGAAAGGCUACUUUCAAACUGUCAUGGACCAUUGUUUAAACAUCUUUGUGCUUGGAUGUUGUAUGGCAAACUAAUGGAUCCAUAUAAGGAAUUCUUCAUCCAGGAGAGCCAUGAAGCCAAUGCUAGAAGUUGUGAACAGGAAGAAAAUAAUCAAGAUGCCAAGAAACAAGGAGUUUAUGUUAUCCGUGCUGACCUCCUACCAUCAUAUAUUGGAUACCAAGUGGCCAAAAAAAUUCUGUUUGUUGGAGAGUCCAUUAAAAUGUUUGAUACCCAAAAGUUAACACCAGAAAUUAAGAAACUAGAAAACUCUUUGAGAAAAGGACAAGAAAAUUUUUCUAAAGACCUCUUCAAACUAUCACAGGAAAAGAAUUUUAAUCAAAUCAACUUCAGAGAAACUGUCAAUGCCAUCCGAGGGUUUGUUGCUGAACAACUCUGGUUGUUAGUUGUCGAAGACUCUGAUAUAUUUGGACAGUUGAAUCUACUAAAGGACAUCUUUUUAUUUGGUCGAGGUGACCUCUAUCAGUCCUUCAUAGACACAGCUCAUUCAUUACUCAUCUCAAUCCCUCAGUACAACACUGAGCAUGAAUUAAAUUCCGUAUUCCGAGCUGGUAUCUGUAAUACACUCUGGGAAAAUGACAGUUAUUUACACAAUUUCCAGCUCACUUGUAAAACUGGUACUGGCGAUCGACCAAGUAAUGUCAACGUGUUCAGUGGUACUGUACUAAAUGCUCUUGGUUUAACCUAUACUGUACAAUGGCCCCUCCACAUAUUUUUCACUCCGUCUGUGUUAGAAAAAUAUGAAUGUGUAUUCAAAUUCCUAAUGAAAGUGCAUUAUGUCCAAAUGGAGUUGCAACAUUGUUGGCUUCUACAGGUGAAGAGUAAAUCAUUGGGGUUAGGACGACAAAAUGAAGCCAAGUGGCAACUGAGAACUCACCUGGCAUUUCUGAUUGACAACCUUCAGUAUUAUUUACAGGUGGAUGUCAUUGAAUCUUUACACAAAAUAUUGGUUGACAAGAUCCUUUCAGUGCGUGAUUUUGAGGCUGUUAAGCUCACCCAUGAGAAGUUUCUCACUGACCUUCUUGACCUGAGCCUCUUCAGAAAAUUGACAAAUCACCUGUUAGAUGAUCUGUUAUCGGCAUGUUUGUCAUUUUGUGAUCUCAUCAAGAACAGCUACCCAGCUGAGCUGACUGACAUUCAACAACAGCGGCUGUCUGCCAUUCGAAAGGAUGUUCGUAAUUACACUGGGAUGUUAUUUAGUAUGCUGAACAAAUCCCAAGCUUACUCCAGUCUACAAACAAUUGAUCAGUUCAUGCUAAGGAUUGACUACAACAGAUUUGUCUCCAAACAUUCAAAAGGCUACUUAGGAGGCACAGGAGAUGGAUUCAUCCAUUAGCCAAACACCACUGGCUACAACAACAACAACAACAACAACAAAUGACAAUGUUUACAAAAUGCAUGAUAUCUUAUAGAUAUAAAAAUGGCAAAAUGAGAAUACCUGUCAUUCAUACUUAUCUUUAAAAGUACCAGUUAGCAAUGAAAAUGUUGUGUAUGCAGAUCCAGGUGAAACUGAAACCAAACGAAGCCUUUGAAUUUGCUGUGAACCUGCUGUGCCUUGCCAUGAUGUCUGCCUUAAUUCUUUAGCAUUUAAAUUGGCCAUAUUUGGCCAAAAUAAUCCACCUGUUUUAUUCUGAAACUGGCCAGAUUCAGCCUCUCACACUUACCCUUCAAUAUUAUUCUAGAAACAAACAAUUGCAUCAUUGAAAUCUCAAAACUAUAAAGUAAUGCAUGACUAAUUCAAAUCUAUUUGACAGAGAAAUCUUAAUACCAAAGGGUUAUGCUCAUGGAAAAUCGUAAAAUUUCAUAUAAUGCCAUGUGUUGGUACUCUCUGGCCACUGCAACCUGUGAUGAUAAGAUGGUGGCCUGUGAGUGUGGUAGCUGUACAGCAUGUGAUAAUCUGAUGGUGAAUGCCAAGGGCCCUAAACUGUGUUUAUUGGGACUCACUCCCUAACAAGUUCAAGUUCAUUGUUAAAGUGUUCGAGAUGUUUUUUGUUUAUAAGGAUAAAUAAAAUAAUGUUUUUUUAUUAUUUAUUUAUAUAAAAUCA